CGCCGCCGCUGCCGACGCCGCUCCCCCUCCUCCUCCUCGGCUGGCCGGGCAAGAUGGUCGGCGCGGCGGCCGCCGAGGUGGCCCUCCUCACCCUCGGUAUUGUAUUAGCUGUGUGCCAGGCCGUGGAGAACACAACGUCCGCCUUGAGUGGUCCGCCAGUGGCUGCUGCUGUGAGAUCUCAUUUUAACAGCUGUCCAGAUGCUCAUAGUGAGUUUUGCUUCCAUGGUACUUGCAGGUUCUUGGUGCAAGAGGAAAAACCAGCUUGCGUCUGCCAUUCCGGGUACGUUGGGGCGCGAUGCGAACACGCGGACCUCCUUGCAGUGGUGGCCGCCAACCAGACAAAGCAAACCAUCACCGCCCUGGUGGUGGUUUCCGUUAUAGCCUCUGUUGCCCUUAUCAUGAUCUGCGUCCUAAUACACUGCUGCAGGAUACGGAAACACUGCGAGUGGUGCAGAACUGUUGUCUGCAGACAUGAGAAGCCCAACGGGCUCCUGAAAGGAGGAACGUCUUGCUGCCAUUCAGAGACAGUUGUCUGAUGGAGACGGGGGUCUGCUGGGAUUCUUACUGCCGUGUGUAGAAGGGACCACUUAAGCAUCCUGCAGGAGGCCUACAAUUAUUCCAGAGGGACACUUAAGAUGGACACAGGUGCUUCCUGGGGACAGAACAGUAUUGGCAAGCAGACUCCCUGCAACUUUUGGCUUCUUGUCUGUAUCCUCCAUUCAUGCGUCGUGCUUCCAGAACUUUGCCAGAGGGAAUCCGGCCCACGCCGUGUGAAGACACGUGAUACCACACACCAGGUCAAUCCAUACAUGGAUAACCAAGGAAUCUCAAAAGACUUCACAUAGUAAAAUAAAGAGUAGGAAAAGUACAGGCUGGUCAUUUUAACAAAAAAAGCUUCAUGUUUACGUUGCUGUGAGAAAUGCACAUGGAAGGGGUGUCUAAUACCAGGAAAGAAUUGUGUACAGCUCAAGUGGGGGGUAACUUUGUUUCUCAAUAAUCUUCCUCCUUGCUUGAGACUUCAUGGAACAUGGACUCGAGUCUUAGGAUCCUGCACUCAUUACAGAAUCUGACUCAAAAGAAGUGAUGAGCUACGUUAGUGAUUUUGAGAGAGCUAAAUUCCCCAGUUGAGAAGAAGGUCCGCUGGGUUCAACUGCAAGUCCCACCCC